AUACUUAAGUUAUUUUUCUUAUAUUAAUAAAACUACGUUUAAGUUUUUUAUUUAACAAUGGCUGUUCAUUCGGCUCCACCAAAACGUAAAGAAAUUUAUAAGUAUGAAGCUCCUUGGACUGUAUAUUCAAUGAAUUGGAGCGUUAGACCAGAUAGAAGAUUUCGUUUGGCAUUGGGAAGUUUUAUUGAAGAAUAUAACAAUAAAGUUCAAAUAGUUUCCUUAGAUGAAGAAACAUCAGAAUUUACUGCAAAAAGCACUUUUGAUCAUCCAUAUCCAACUACCAAAAUUGUGUGGAUUCCAGAUACUAAAGGCAUGUAUCCGGACCUUCUUGCGACAAGUGGUGAUUAUCUAAGAAUUUGGAGAGCUGGAGAAACUGAUACAAGAUUAGAGUGUUUAUUGAAUAAUAAUAAAAACUCAGAUUUUUGUGCUCCACUUACUUCUUUUGAUUGGAAUGAAGUUGAUCCAAAUUUAUUGGGUACAUCAAGUAUCGAUACUACCUGCACCAUCUGGGGCUUAGAAACUGGACAAGUAGUUGGAAGAAUCAAUCUUGUUUCUGGUCAUGUUAAAACACAGCUUAUUGCACAUGACAAAGAAGUUUAUGAUAUUGCUUUCAGCAGAGCUGGCGGGGGUAGAGAUAUGUUUGCAAGUGUUGGUGCAGAUGGUUCAGUCCGGAUGUUUGACCUUAGGCAUUUGGAACACUCCACAAUUAUUUAUGAAGAUCCACAACAUCAUCCUUUAUUAAGACUUGCUUGGAACAAACAAGAUCCAAAUUAUUUAGCAACAUUUGCAAUGGAUGCUUGCGAAGUUAUAAUCUUGGAUGUCCGCGUUCCAUGUACUCCAGUCGCACGUUUAAAUAAUCAUAAAGCCUGUGUAAAUGGUAUUGCAUGGGCUCCUCAUUCUUCAUGUCAUAUUUGCACUGCAGCUGAUGAUCACCAGGCUUUAAUAUGGGAUAUUCAGCAGAUGCCAAGAGCCAUUGAAGAUCCUAUUCUAGCUUACACAGCUGAAGGGGAAAUUAAUCAAAUUCAAUGGGCCAGCACACAACCAGAUUGGAUAGCUAUAUGUUAUAAUUAUUAUUUAGAAAUAUUGAGAGUGUGACAUUAGUGAUGUGGGGAGAAAUGUAACAUCUCCUCUAGUGGUGAAUGUGUGUGUGUUUGAUUGAGAAAAGAAUGUGAAGCAUGGUGUGUAUGAUUAGAAAGUUUGAGUUAUCCAUUUAAUUCAAUCCCAAAGUUUGUGUCACAUCAGUGAAUUAGAUGUGAUUGUAUAUGUUAUAUUUUGUAGAAAUUCUGAUUUUAUUAAAAAUAAGUUAAUUGGCAGAAAACUCUACACAUUUAUAGCAUAUAAAUCUACAUAAUAAUAAAACUAUUUGUGUCAUCUUCUAAUAGAAAAAUAUAUAUAUUGAUAAAAUACUUUAUUUGUAGAAAUAAAAUAAAAAUUAAAAUUUAUCUGUACU